ACCACAUCACUCGAGUGUGUUUGUUCUCUUUCAGCCACUCUCUUCCUCCCAGCUCUCACCUACAAUGGGCGACGAGUACGAGCUCCCCGCGAGCUUACUGCGGUAUUUUGACCUCGCGGCGCUGCCGUACGGCAGCACGGGCGACGACAUUGAUGCCCGCCGUGCGUCCAGCCCAGACGGCAAGCUCUUCUACGACCGCCUUCUCUCCUUCGCCUCAUUAGACGGCCCAUCUCUCUACCCACCCAACUCGCCCUCGGCCUUCCGCCGACUCCUGCACGCCAUCCACACCGCCCCCAUCGACCGCCUGAAGCGUGAUUGCUUCGUCUACUACCUCGUCCGGGAUGGAGACGCUGCCCCAGGCAUGGAGGUGGACGAUGCCGCGUCUAGCUCGAGCGCGGGUUCGGCACGCGCCCGCGCAUUCGCCCGUGCGCGAUGCCUGCCGUGCACUUGGCAGACGCUGAUGGACGGCUACUGGCUCCUCGACAAUGAGCAGUACGAGGAAGGCGUCGCUGCGCUGCGCGACCCCGGCCUCCCGGCCGUCGACUUUGUCCCCUCCAUUGUGGAGGCGCUGACUACCAAUGUCUCCCCGCCUGCGCGCGCUCUCUCCCUGGUCUUCGCCUUCCUCCUCUCCCCCGAUCGUACCCAGCAGGACGGUGACAAGGCCGAGAACGCCGCCGCGUUACUUGCGUCCGCGUCGGUGGCCGGCAUGAGCGCAGCCUUCAGGCGUAUCCGCGCACUCGCGUCGGCUGAAGACCGCGAGCGCGCUCGCGACGCAGUCUGGUGCUGGAGCCUCGGCACACCGCGCUCGCCAGCAGGCAAGGGCGAGCACACUGCCCAGCCGCGUGCUCUCCGAGAGCUCCUGCACCUUGCCCUGAUGGACGAGGAGUCGGACCACCUUGUCCGCUUCCUCGCUCACCCGCCGCGCGAGAUCCAGCCCCCGGCCAGGUCUCUUCUCCACGACCUUGUGACUCUGCGCCUCGUCCACGCCGGCAGCUACGCCGAGACCCUGGCGCUCGACAAGCAGCUCGCGGCUUCCGACGCCGCGUCCGCUUCGGACCGCCAGCGCCGACGCGAAAUGGUGCGCGAGUUUAUCGACAUCCUCCCCGAGGCCCAGAGACGCGCGCUACUGGCCGGAAGCGACGUGCCCCCGGCUCGCGAGCCGAACACACGACCCGUUGCGAACGGCACGAGCAGCUCGGCCGAUGUCGACAUGGAGUCAAGCUGGGUCAGCGUCGCUACGCCUGCGCCGGUUGCCCCCUCUGCACCGGUCGUUCCGUCUACCCCUGCACCUAGAGUCGUCGCGCCCACGCCCAUCCGCGCACCCGCCAUUGCCAACAUCCAGGCUGACUCGGGCGCUGGGUCGUCAACUCCCGCCCGCCCGUCGUCGCCAUUCUCUGGCCCUCCGCGCUUCGCUGCGGCCUCGCCCCGUCCCCCUUCUCCGCCCAAGCGCCAGCGCACUCCAGAGCCUGCCCCCUCGGUUGUAUCCACGCUCCCGAUCGAGAUUCGCCAAACGUCGCCCGUCCGAGCAAGCCAUGUCGCCAGCCCAUUCCAGCCGCCUCCAUCGGCGAGCUCGCGUCCCGCCAGGCAGCCGAAGCAGCCGAAGAGGAUGAUCAUCGACGAGGAGCCGGCCAAGGUCGCUCCUACGCCCCGCCGACAGGUGCGCGCGCCCCGCCGCUUCGACGAGGAGAGCCCCAACGCGGCCGCCUCAUCGCGCCAGGCAUCCGCAGAGCCGACUGUCGAGGCCACCCCCUCCACGCGCCGUACUCGCAGGUCUACCAUCACCAAGGCCGACGACGCGACCCCCAAGGCGCCUGCGCCCAAACGUCGCAACUUACGCGCGUCGUCCCGCGCCUCAACUGCCGAGAUCGAGCCAGACAUGCCGCCCCCGCCCAUCCCCGGCGGCUUCUACACAGUGCCGGAGGAUGAACCAGUCGAGCCUCCUACGCCAUCGCGCAACACGCGAAGCGCGUCCCAGGUCCCUAUGGACGAGGACGAGGCACCGAAGAAGAGGGGCAAGGCGAGUGCUUUACCCAAGCGAUCAACGCGGGCCGCGAGCGAGGUUACGGACGAUGGAAACACGCCAGCGCCUCGCCGCUCGACACGCACUCGCGGUGCGGCGAGCGAGUUGGGCAGCCCCACGCCAAGCAUUGCGAGCACGGUCGACGCCUCUAGCCCUACCAAGCCGAAGCGCACCACGCGGACGACGCGGUCACGCAAGUAGGCAUUCUAGCCGUAUCAUUCAGUAGCCACA